AUGAAAACCAUCGAAGAAACAUAUCAGAAGAAGACGCCUGUGGAGCACAUACUCCUUAGGCCCGACACCUACAUAGGGUCUGUGGAGAAGGAGGCACAGGAGAUGUAUGUGUGGGAUGAGGAAAACGGCAGAAUGGUCUACAAGAGCAUAGAAUAUGUUCCUGGGCUGUACAAGAUAUUUGAUGAGAUAAUUGUCAAUGCAGCAGACAACAAGAUACGGGAUCCAAAGAUGGAUGUUAUCAAGGUCUCCAUUGACCCUGAAGGCAACGAGAUAUCUGUGUACAAUAAUGGGAAGGGCAUUCCUGUUAGGAUCCACAAGGAGGAAAACGUGUAUGUUCCUGAGCUUAUAUUUGGGAAUCUGCUGACGUCGUCGAACUACAAUGACGACGAGAAGAAGGUCACCGGGGGGAGAAAUGGAUAUGGAGCCAAGCUGUGCAACAUAUUCAGCAAGGAGUUUGUGGUGGAGACUGCAGACUGUGAAGUCAAGAAGUACUACAGACAGAGAUACAGAGACAACAUGGGAGUCAAGGAGGAUCCUGAGAUUAGCAGGUACACCAAGGGAGACUUUACAAAGAUAACAUUUAAGCCCGACCUGAGGAGAUUCAAGAUGACCAGAUUGGAUGAUGACAUAGUAGCUCUGCUAAGGAAGAGGGUCUAUGACCUUGCAGGGAUUGUCAAGGACGUGAAGAUAUUUCUGAACGAAAAAAGAAUUGAAGUCAAAGGGUUCAAGGAAUAUGUGAAGCUAUAUAUUCCUCCCGGGGCUAGUGUUGUGCACCAGGUUAUCAACGACCGCUGGGAGCUAGCCCUCACCACCAGCGAGGAGCAGUUUCAGCAGGUAUCGUUCGUCAACGGGAUCUGUACAACCAAGGGGGGGACCCAUGUGAACCAUGUGGUUGAGCGGAUUGUAGACCCGUUGGUUGAGGCGAUACAGAAAAAAGAAAAGGGGCUCUCGGUAAGGCCCUUCCAAGUCAGGUCAUGCAUGUUUGUUUUCAUCAAUAGCCUCAUUGACAAUCCAGCAUUUGAUUCGCAGACGAAGGAAAACCUUACGCUGAGGGCUUCUGCCUUUGGCUCUAAAUGCGAGCCUAUGGGCGACUUUGUGAAGAGCAUUAUAAAGAACACGCCUAUUGUUCAGAAGAUAACCUCCUUCGCAAAGGCCAAGCAAAGCCAACAGCUGAAGAAGACGGACGGGGCUAAGACAAGCCGGCUUUCUGGAAUUCCAAAGCUCGAGGAUGCCAACUUUGCUGGAACAAGCAGAUCGAAGGACUGCACGCUGAUAUUGACUGAGGGGGACUCUGCCAAGACACUGGCCGUUGCUGGGCUGAGCGUGGUUGGGAGGGAUGCCUAUGGGGUUUUUCCGCUACGAGGAAAACUGCUGAAUGUUAGAGAGGCAUCCCACAAGCAGAUAAUGGAGAACGCCGAGAUUUCAAGCAUAAAGAAGAUCCUGGGGCUGCAGCACAAUAAGGUCUAUGAGGAUGUGUCAAGCCUUAGAUACGGGCACGUCAUGAUUAUGACGGACCAGGACCAUGAUGGAAGCCAUAUAAAAGGACUAAUAAUCAACUUCCUGGACCACUUCUAUCCUUCGUUGCUAAAGAUACCUGGGUUUCUUCAGGAAUUCAUUACACCAAUCAUAAGAGCCACAAAGAAGGGGCAGGUCAGGGAUUUCUUCACGUUGCCUGAGUACGAGGAGUUCAAAAAAAAUGAAGAUGGAUGGAACAUCAAGUACUAUAAGGGGCUAGGGACGUCUACAAGCGCAGAUGCCAAGCAGUACUUCAGCAACCUUCCGGUCCAUGUCAAGUCUUUCACCCCCUUGGCAGCCGAGGAUAAGGAGCUCAUUGACCUUGCAUUCAACAAGAAGAAGGCAGACGCAAGAAAGACAUGGCUCCUGAACUUUGCACCCGGAACGUUUUUGGACCAAUCCCAGACGCAGAUAUCGAUUUCGGACUUUGUUAAUAAAGAGUUGAUUUUGUUUUCCAUGGCAGACAACAUCCGUUCGAUUCCAAGUCUGGUAGAUGGGCUCAAGCCGGGGCAAAGAAAGGUGAUUUUCAGCUGUUUCAAGAGGAAUCUUAGGUCUGAGAUAAAGGUGGCGCAGCUGGUGGGUUAUGUCUCGGAGCAGUCCGCGUAUCAUCAUGGGGAGCAAUCGCUUUGCUCCACUAUUGUAAACUUGGCUCAGGAUUUUGUUGGGUCGAACAACAUAAAUCUUCUUCUUCCGAUUGGACAGUUUGGAAGCAGACUCCAGGGAGGAAAGGAUGCGGCAAGUCCGCGUUACAUUUUCACGUCUCUAUCUCCUCUCACAAGGAUGAUAUUCAAUGAGAAUGAUGAUGCGAUUCUGAACUAUCUCAACGACGAUAAUUUUUCGAUAGAGCCUGAGUUCUAUGUGCCCAUCAUUCCAAUGGUAUUGGUUAAUGGGGCUGAGGGAAUUGGAACUGGAUGGAGUACUUCUAUUCCAAACUUCAAUCCGGUGGAUGUAGUGGAGAACAUCCGGAGGAUGAUCAGAGGCGAGGACCCAGUGGAGAUGGUUCCAUACUACAGGAACUUUCGAGGGACCAUUGAAAAGAUUGGAGAGGGGAAGUUCCAGGUUUCUGGGAUAUACGAAGGAGACAUGGAUCUAGAGAUUACUGAACUCCCUGUCGGAACCUGGACCUUGAACUACAAGGAGUUCCUUGAGUCUCUGGUGCAGGCAGGGGUUGCAAGGGACUUCAAGGAGUACCAUACGGAGAAGACUGUAAGCUUUACUGUGAAGCUUUCGAAACCUGUUAGCAAUCUAAAGCUAAACAGUACUAUUACUGUCAACAACAUGGUAUGCUUCGAUGAGAAUCUCAGGAUCAAGAAGUAUGCAACGCCUCAAGAGAUUCUGAAAGAGUUUUAUGGUGUACGCCUCAGAUAUUACCUGAUAAGAAAGGAAAACAUGCUGAAGGUGAUGAGGGAGGAGCUGGAGAAGUUGGAAAAUAAGGUAAGGUUUAUCAAGGAGGUUUCCAUGGGGGAGCUUGUCAUCAGCCGAAGAAGGAAAGGUGAGGUUAUCUUUGAUCUCGAGUCCAGAGGAUAUGCAAGGGCUGACGACUACGAAUAUCUUCUGAGCAUGUCGAUACUAAGCCUCACUGUCGAGAGAAUCGAAAGGCUGAGCAACGAACAUGCAAAGAGGCUGAGCGAGUACAAUCAACUGAUGGGUAAAACACCAAAAGAGCUGUGGCUUGAGGAUCUGGAGGUGUUUGAGAAAGAAUACUUGAGGAUAGCUGAGAAUGAGGCCAGGGAGUACGAUGAUGAGUUGAACGGAUGUAUCAAGAAGAAAGGCAAAAGGCCAAAGUCCAGGUCCGGCAUCUCCGACAGACAGAAGAAGGCCAAGGUGACUCGAAAGCCCAGAUCAUUGCCAGUAACCGAGCACCUUACCGACUCGGAAACCUCACAGGAAAAGCCUUGGAAAAAAUACAACCUUACAUAA